AUGUUAUAGGAUUAUUCAGAAAGAUUGUGGCGUCUUACUGCACAGAUACAAUGAACAUCAACAGAGUAAUAUUUGCCGCAGUAUGUUUCACAGGAACCUUCAUUGGAACAUGGUUGCUGUUUGUACAGAUGCCUGGAAAAGAUAAUCCGUCAGAAGUGAAAGUUAAACACGAACGAGAUGUAAAAGAAAUGCCAAAUAAACAAUGGAUGGAAUUUGAUGAUUUCUUGGAUGGAACUUUUCGAGCUAAUUCGUUCUACCCACGAUGGGUGUCAGGCAGUGAAUAUGUGUAUAAGAACGACACAGGCGCUAUUUAUAAAUUUGAUGUUGAUACAAACGUUGCAACAGAAAUUUUAAACGGCGAUCCAUGGACAAACACGGAGAAACCUUUCUCGUGGACAAUUUCUGCUGACCAAAACUACCUGGCCAUAUUUUAUAUGCAAACGGACGGUUAUGCUCAUUACGUCAGGACAUUCUCAUGUGACAUUUAUGAAAUAUCGACUGGAACGAAACAAAAUCUUCCUGAACUUCCGAAAGAAAAUCUUCAAAAAUUUCAAUGGUCUGCCAGUGGUCAUGAUUUUUCAUACGUUUACGAAUUCAAUAUUUAUUUGUACAAGAAUUCUUUCCUUAAACAUCAUCAAAUUACGAGCAAUGGCGAUGAACAGAUGGUGUUCAACGGGAUCGCUGAUUGGUUGUUCAGUGUUGAAAUAACGGACGAUGAUUCGUUGAUGUGGUGGUCACCUGACAGUCAAUACUUGGCUUAUGCAACAAUUUAUCAAACUGAUGUUUUACCAUUCGAGUUUGCGGUGUACAACAACUAUCAAUAUCCAGAGAUGAUAAAAUUUCCUUACCCAAAGCCUGGUACACCUAUACCGUUUACAUCAAUUUCUGUGUUGGACUUAAACACUAUGAUUGUAACAGAUCUUACAACAUCGGAUUUUUCUUCGUGGUCCGACGGUUAUUACCUUAACUCAGUAACUUGGCGUGGAAACAGCAUAUUAAGCCCACUGUGGAAGAACCGAAUAUCAAACGAAGCUGUGGUGGAAAAUUGUGGAAAACCCGAUUUCAAUUGUUCACAUGUUUCUGAAAUGAUGAGCAAGAGCACGACAGGUUGGUUGGGUCAUUACAAAGUUGCUCAUAUUAUUCCCACCAACAAUGAAGAGGUUUAUUUGACUGUGCGAAGCUUAGACGGUUUCCCGCAUAUCUCUGUUUUCAACGUUAAUGACAAUAAGGAUGACUGGAGAACAUCCGGCGACUUUGAAGUGACAGACACAAGCUCGGGGUAUUCACCAAUUUACUUUUACGAUGAAAUAAACGAUUGGAUUUAUUUCACAAGUACUGAAUUGGAAAGCAAACCAAGUGCAGGAUUGCCUCGCAUACGUCACAUGUGGAGAGUUAAAGGUUCCGGUAGCGAUAAGACUCGCUUCUGCAUCACUUGUUCUCUUAAUACGAUGUUUAUGGACAGAUGCAACUGGGUCACACCAUCGUUUAGUGUUGAUGGGAGUCACGUGGUUAUAAAUUGUGGAGGAUCUGGCAACGCUGCGCCUUUAUCAACACUUCACAAGAGAAAUGCCGGUGGUGAUUUUGAUUUUGUAAGAGUGGUCGAAGGGAACGAAGAUUUAGUUAAAACAUUGAAUGAUUAUUAUUUCCGUGAGCGCAUCUAUGGAAAUUUAACUCUACCGGGAAUAUCAGGGGAAUGGUUUUAUAUGCUUCAACUACCUCCUAAUUUUGACGAAAGUAAAAAAUACCCAAUGUUGGUUCAAGUAUACUCAGGACCUGCUUACCAGGAGGUCGAAGAUCGUUUCGGUGUCAGUUGGAAGGAUUACGUCAGCAGCGCUCGUGACGUCAUUGUGAUGAGUUUCGAUGGGAGAGGUACCGGCUUCCGUGGAGAUGAAAUCAUGCACCAGGUGUAUCGGAAACUUGGUCAGUAUGAACCUCACGACCAAAUAGCAGCGGCAAAGAAAUUAGCAAACGAAAACAGUUUUAUUGACGAAACAAGGAUGGCUAUAUGGGGUUGGUCUUAUGGAGGAUAUGCAACAUCGCGUACGAUUGGGGAAGAUGUGAAUAAUGUUUUCAAAUGUGGGUUUGCUGUUGCACCAGUUACAAAAUGGGAGUACUAUCAUACCAUUUACACGGAGAGAUACAUGCAACAACCGAAGGACAAUCCUGACGGCUAUGAGAAAAGUACUACGCUGCAAGGAAUUGAAAGUUUUCGUUCACAUCAUUACAAUCUAUUCCAUGGAACUAGAGAUGAGAACGUUCACUUUCAAAAUUCGGCCCAACUCUCCAAGUAUCUCAUUGAAGGCGACGUAAAGUUUGGAGCUUUCUUCGCUGCUGAUGAUGAUCACAGCAUGUCUCGAGUUGACAACGGUUACAAAAAUAUUUAUAAACUACUUACGAGACAAAUGGAAAUUUGUUUUAACUUGUAGAUUUUAACAUGAUGUUUAAUUCUUAAAAGCGGAAUUUUGCUAAUUCUUUUAAUUUUAGACAUUUUUGAGAUUUUGAUUAAAUGUUGGAAGUGUAUA